GGUGCGUCAGCGCGCACGCCCGGAAGCGGCGGCGGGGCGGCGGCGGGGCCCGGCGGAGAGUGGGGGGCUGCGGGAGCGCCCCCCCGGGCGCCAUGCACUCCCUCCUCUUCCUCUGCGCCCGCCGCUUGGUGAGCCACCGUCCCGCCACCCGCCGGGCCUUGGACCUCGUCCCCCCCCAGCUCUUUCCCGUCCUUUUCCGAGCCGCCUUCCUGGACGAACGGACGUUGGCGUUGCGGGACCUGGUGGGGACCUGGCCUUUCCCCGUCCUCAGUUUCCGACGGCUUUUGGGCCACCGCCGCCGCCGUCGUCACCGUUCCCUCGGAGAGAAAGCCACCAAGUUGUGCGUCCAGGCUGUCAUCCUCGCCGUGGUGGCGCAUCUCCGCCGGGCGUUGGAGGAACCUUCUCGGGAUGGGAGCGAAAACCGGUGCCGCCUGCGGGUGCUGGACAUGACGGGACUCCAUGAUGAUGACACCGACCGUGGUCCGGAGUGGAUGAGCCUUUGGUCCGGCACGGUGGCGUUGGCCAAAGCCUGCCUCGAGGUCUCCAAACACCAAAACGAAUGCCUGAAACGUUCCUCCAAGCGGCAUAAAGGUCCUUCCGGCCUUUCGGCCGCCCCGCAACCCUUCGGCGUGGAGGUCCGCGCCGAUCUCUUCGUCAACGCCACCUCCUUCGGCGUCCUACGGGACGCCUUGCGAACCGCCGGCCUUUUCCGCCUCAAAUGCCGGGAUUUCCACGCCGAGGAACUUUCCGUCGCCGGCACCGUGAGUUUAUUGGAAUCGCUGGAACCCGCCGGCGUGCGACGGGUGGAUCUUCGCUUCAACAACUUGGGCUUGCCGGGGCUCUGCGUCGUUCUGCCCCACCUCGCCAGGUUCGCCGACCUCCUCAGCCUCAAGUUGCCCUACAGCAACGUCAACGUGCGGCGAUGGACGGCGGGGACGGAAGCCGGCCUCCGGUGCCUCGCCGCCCAGCUGGGAAGGCUGCCCCGCCUCAAGGAGCUCAAUUUGGGAUCUUCCAGGCUUUCGGGGAAACUGAGGCAACUUCUGGGAGACCUGCAGGCUCCCCUGGAAAGCUUGGAGUUGGCCUUCUGCUAUCUCCUUCCCGGCGACCUCGCCUUCCUUUCCCAAAGCUUCCACGCUCCGGCGCUGAAAAAAUUGGAUUUGAGCGGCCACGAUUUCUCCGAGAACCUUCUCCAACCCCUCCAACAUCUCCUGGAAGAGACUUCGGCUUCUCUCCUCCACCUGGAUCUCAUGGAAUGCCGGCUGACGGACGCUUGUCUGGAAUCUCUUCUGCCCGCCCUCUGCCGUUGCUCCCGUCUCCGAUGCCUGGGACUUUUCGGCAACCCCCUUUCCACGCCGGGACUCAAGACCUUGUUACGGAAAACCCUCCUUCUUCCGGAUUUACGCUUGGUCGUCUAUCCUUAUCCCGUGGAUUGUUACAACCUGGAGCCGCCCCGGCCGCCUUCCGCUUGGCUUUUCCAGGACGCGUUGGACGAGGAACGUUUCGCCGCCGUCGCCGCCGAAUUGGGCCGGAUGCUGACGAGUUCCGGCAGAGCCGACGCCGUCUGGACCGCCAGCCUCUGCCGGCACGGUGCCCUCGACUACUUCGCCUUGUAGCCACCACCCCCCCCUGCCCCCCCCCCCCAAAAAAAACCCCCUCCUUCCCCAAAUCUGGCGUUUCCUCCUCGUCCCCCCCGGCCGCUUUUUUGCGGCACCCGCGGCGGCCCCCAGCUUGGGGCGCUCGUUAAAGGCACUCGUUCGUUAA